GAAUAAGAACAAGAUGGCUUGUGCGGUUUCAUCUUUACUGGCCAGUAACAAAACCAUCUUCUUCUGCAAACUGCCCAAAACCCCAUUCUUCACGACUCUUGAUGUGCAGGUUCUUCGUGAUGGCCGGAUGCUCUACACUCGUUGCCUCAACGCUGAGAAUUUCUAUGUGGAUCCGCUUAUCGUGUUACUGGUUCUUUUCAUUGGACUGACCCUCUGCCUGCUGUCUCUGACUGUGAUUCUGUCCCACCACAAGUUUUUUCUUAAGAAACUCUGGCCUGACAUCCCGACACCAGAGCACAAGUUUCCAGGUCUUUUUACUGUCAACAAAGGGGAUUUUAAGGAGUGGAUGAGCCAAAAUAAUGGCAGCAUGUGGGGCAGAUCAGUCCAUGUGUACACAGAGGAGCUUCCUUCACUGCUGGAGGUUUUGUCCGAGGUUUCCCUGACCAGCCACGGCACGUCCCAGAGAGAGGAGGAAGAGGAGAAGGAGAGUGAGCGUUCGGACUCGGGGUUAACGGAUAGAUGGCGAGACCCUCCUCACGCUCACUGGCUCAUGGAGCAGCUGAGGGCUCUUCAAGAAAAUCCCGAAUCUCGUUGCCAGUCAUCGUUACUGCAGUCACAUGACACCUACGUCACGCUCAAUCAAGGAGACAACGAGCAGCAGGUGGACGAUGUCUUCGAGGAGACGUUACCGCUCCAGACGCUCUUCACCACCGCAGGAACGUCGUCCUUGAGCACCUCACACUCCGACCUCGGCUCCCUGCAGCAGAGCUCGGGUUCGGGCAGACUGUCGUCUCAAUCCAGCUUCGAGUAUCCCAACCACAUCUGGCCCCCCAAAGGGCCGGGAUACGCCUACAUGGCGGUCGCAGACUCGGGGGUCUCGAUGGACUACAGCCCGAUGAGCUCCAGCAGGAUCGCAGAGCUCGGGAGACACAGGAUG